AACGAUCCAUAUGAUGUGAGUAAAUACAUACGUAUCGCAAAAAAUUAUGUAGAAUAAAUUCUAAAUCUUUGAAAUUUGAUAGAAAACGGCUGUGUUCCACCGAGGAAAAAAAUUAUAAAAAAGGAAGAGAAAAAUCGAAAUAAAAUUAGAGAAGACGUGAUUUUUAAGCGUGAGACAGGAUGGAUAAAUACGAGAUGAUAGAAAUCGUAGGAGAGGGAAGUUAUGGCAUAGUGAUGAAAUGUAAGCAUCGCGAGAGCGGGCAAUUUGUAGCCAUUAAGAGAUUUCUCGAAACCGAGGAAGAUUACGACGUGCGAAUAAUGGCAUUUCGAGAAAUCCGAAUGUUGAAAAAAUUACGCCACGAUAAUCUGGUAAAUAUGAUCGAAGUGUUUCGUCGAAAGAAACGAUUUUAUCUCGUAUUCGAAUAUUUGGAUCAUACUUUACUGAACGAAUUGGAAAAUGUCGGAAGAAACGGUCUAGGUUUGGAAAUAUCCAAGCGAUAUAUCUAUCAAAUCCUUCGUGGAUUGGAUUUUUGUCAUAGUAGUAACAUAAUGCAUCGUGAUAUCAAGCCAGAAAAUAUCCUUAUAUCUCCGAACGGAGUGGUGAAGCUUUGCGAUUUUGGAUUUGCACGUUUUGUAAAUAGUCCCAAUGAAUCUUGCACGGAUUACGUGGCGACAAGAUGGUAUCGUGCCCCGGAAUUGUUAGUCGGUGAUCCUCGAUACGGCAGACCGAUAGACAUUUGGGCGGUAGGCUGUUUGUACGCGGAAAUGAUGGUCGGGAAUCCUUUGUUUCCUGGCAAGAGCGACGUAGAUCAGCUUUAUCGAAUAACCAAAAUACUUGGAGGACUAUGUAUGAAGCAUCAAAGUUUAAUAGAUCGUACCAGACCUGGUCAAAUAUUGCGGCAUGCGAGCGCGGAUGAGCUCAUAAGACCACCUCAGUCCGGUGUUUUCUCGAUUCGUAAAUUAUUUCCCAAAUGGGAUAUAGUCGCCAUCGAUUUUUUGGCUCAAUGUCUUCGUAUGGAUCCCGACUUAAGAUCAAAAUCUUUCAUGCUCUUGGAACAUCCGUUUUUUAUACAAGAUCGAUUUGCCGAUAAAUUUCUUGUAGUUUUGAGAAAAAGUAUCGAUAUAGAAUCUUCUAUGAAUCCUUUAUCCAGUAAAAUGUCGAGUGAAAAAGGGCCGAGUAUUUCUACGAAUUUAUUCGAAUCAUCGUCGAAAACUGUUUACCAAUAUUUUCCCAGAUGGCAUAUGCAUUCUAUUAUCGUGAAAGAUUUAAAAAACAAAACGAAGUCCGAAGCGAUAGAUACGAUGGAAUUACGCCAAACUUCGUCAUCGUUGUUGCGCAUCGAUCCCUUAAAAAAUUCCCGAAAAGUUUGUAACAUAAAUACCAUUUCUGUCAUACCAAAAACAACUUACAUUCGUAAAGUAAAGAAGAAGGGAAUCGCUAUGCAUAAUUAUUAAAAGGCUAUAUUAGCGCUUUUUUGAACGUUUUACGAUUGUUUGAGUACAAAUGAUAAUAAAAGAAGAGAAUAUAGAAGAGAA